CACUAGUAUCGCCAUCAGUCGUCACAUGAUAUCGACGGGUGUGUGAUUCUUUCUCAUUCUCUCGAUGCAGAGAUUAAAAAUUUGUUAAAGAAAACCGCCGGGCUUAACUUUUCCGGAGUAUCCAUCAUAUUUCGAAGACUCCGAGAUCCUCUAUUUAUUCGUGUUGCGUGAACAGUGAAAUUUACCGCAACAAUGAGAUACAUUUUGGGCACCACAUUUGCAAUCACUACUUCGAUCACAACUCUUAUUUUUGUUUUAUAUUAUCUACUUACUGGAAAAGGAGAACAAAUUAGCAUUGCAUGGUUUUUAUCAAAUACUUCUCCUUAUAUGUGGUCUACAUUGGGCAUAGGCCUAUCAGUAGCAUUGUCAGUAGUCGGUGCAGCAUUGGGUAUCCAUACAACUGGAGUGUCUAUCGUUGGUGGAGGUGUAAAAGCACCUAGAAUAAAAACAAAAAAUUUGAUUUCUGUGAUAUUCUGCGAGGCUGUAGCUAUCUAUGGUUUAAUCACUGCCAUUGUUCUAUCCGGAAUGCUCGAUAAAUUCAAUGAUACUAUUGUUAAUGAGAAUGAAGACCUUAAAAAUCAGAAUUGGUUGGCUGGAUACUUAAUGUUUGGAGCUGGUCUUGCUGUUGGUAUGGUUAAUCUUUUCUGUGGCAUAGCAGUCGGCAUUGUAGGUUCUGGUGCAGCUCUUGCCGAUGCGGCUAACUCUGCUCUUUUCGUGAAAAUUCUUAUAGUUGAGAUUUUCGGUUCUGCUAUAGGUCUCUUUGGUUUAAUUGUUGGAAUUUAUAUGACAUCUAAAGUGAAAAUGGGUGAUAAGAUGUAAAACACAAAUCAGAAGAGAACAAGCUACGGAGUAUUAUCAGGAUCACAAUAUUCCAUUCCAUAUUUAGUCAUCAAGAUUCUAGAGGAAUGGCUGUGUAUUUUCAAAAUUAUUAUGAAUUUAUUCGAAUGAGAAAUUAAUAUGUGUAUUUGGAGUAUUACUGCAUAUCCAUAAUGCUGCUUGUGUAAUUAUUAUUAUGAUGAUUUAAUGAUUCUUUGUAAUAUCUACUAUAACGUGAAUGUUAUCUGUUAUAUUGAAUGUUAUUCUGUGGACACAUCUUCCAAUUUAGAACAUAAAAAUGACUAAAUGACUUAUAAAUAGAAAUUAUAAGAUAUUCAUUUUCAUUAAUAUUAGGAAGCAGCAUAAUUUUUGUUUCGCACUUUGAGUGCAUUAUAGUGCUCACUUUUGCAUAAGAUAAUGUACAUAAUUUCUUGUGAGCAUUAUUAAAAAUAGAGUAAUAGAAAUAUAUAUGAUUUAAUAUAUUAAAACGUAUAUUAUAUUAAUUAAAUGGUUGGUUGAUUACAAAAAUAGUUGAACAUAUUUACAAAAUAUUGAAAAUGUUUAAUGUGCAAAUUUAUGCAACUCUGACCAUUAGAAGUGACGGUAUUGCUAUUACUAUGUGUUUAAGAUUGCAAAGAAAUAAUCUGACAUGUAUCUAAUAUAAAUAAUAUGAUUAUAAAUAAUUGUAAACAUU